AUGAGUUACCGAUACUUAACUGAUGUUACUGUAUGUGUUCACUUGAAGAUAUUGGACAAGGAAGAAACUUUGGAGUUCAAAGAGGGAACUCAUUGUCGCCUGGCACUUGGAUCCAUCGAUAAUGUUGUCGCUGCGGACACUAUAUUUGAAUCUGGGAGGAAGGAUGGAAACGUGAAAGUGUCCAUAGACGUGGUGGUUGAUGACGACUCCCGACUUCCAAUUCCGACGCAUGGAGGAAACAAUAUUCUCUCACAAGAAAUAGGUUCACAUAUAUUAUGGCCACAAAAUCUAGUCAUAUCCGAUAAUGAGAAGGAAAUAAAACAUUCGAGGGAGCUGUUCAGUUUCGCAAGUGGAAAAUCUCCAACACAACCUGCGCCCGUUAGUCUAACAUGUUUAACUCGUGAGAUAAACUACAUUGGAAGGGCAAUUCAAAUGAUUAUAUCGAAGGAUGUGUUCGGUCAUGAACAUAAGUUGUUUAUCAUGGUGGAGGAUGUACAGAAGUUGUUUCAUAUGGAACCGACAACUACUCCGUGCAUUGAUGCCUACACGACGUUCUUACAUAGAUCGUUGGGCAACGAAUAUGAAUCAAGCCCGUACAAGUUUCUAGAUGCUGGGGCCACUUCCAUAACUAACCUGUCUAAAGAAAACCGCGUGCAAGUAUUGACUAAAAGACUCUCAGAAUUGGAGUUGAACCAACUGCUGAUGUUUCCAUAUCAUUCCGGGGCUGUAAGAAAUAUACAGAAAAAACCAUUUGCUCUGAAGCGUGUACCGGUAAAGCGUUUGUCGAGUUCAAUUAUUUGCCUGGAUUUAUAUUGCCCAAAACAACCGAAUGCAGUAGAAUGUGGAUACUAUGUCAUACGGUUCAUGCGUGAUAUAGUCUUCGCUCGUAACACAACAAUCCCAGAAUGCAUGAAAGGGGCACCGCAGUGUUACACACAGGAGCAUUUGGAUGUGAUUAGAAGGGAGUUGGCAGAGUUCAAACUCUCGCACAUAUACUUUUCGUAG